AUGCUGAUAGAUGAUCCAGCCCUCUACUGGUCCAUACUGGUUUCUACCCGUCUGUACUGGUCUGUACCGGUCCGUACUGGUCCGUACUGGUCCUUACUGGUUUAUACUGGUCUAUACUGGUCAGUGCUGCGCUGCCUGGGCCUCCCCACCCGCACGGUCACCAACUACAACUCGGCCCACGACACGGACGUGUCGCUGACCACCGACAUCUACUUCGACGAGAGCAUGAGGCCCCUGGAGCGCCUCAACACCGACUCCGUCUGGUACUGGUUUAUACUGGUUUAUACUGGGUUAUACUGGUUUGAGGAGACGGUGACGAUGGCGGUGGCGUUCAGCGAGUACCAGCCCCACGUGGAGGAGACGGUGACGAUGGCGGUGGCGUUCAGCGAGUACCAGCCCCACGUGGGUGACCAGGACGCGCUGAAGCUGACGGCGGCGGGCGCCGUGCAGGAGACGGGCCAGGUGGUGGCCAAGGAGCUGCGGGUGCGGCUGCACAACCCGGAGCUCACGCUGACGCUCCUGGCUCCCGCCGUGGAGGGGCAGGACACGCCGAUCCAGGUGGUUUUCCAGAACCCGCUGCCCGAGGCCCUGAGCGGGACCACCCUGAGGAUGGAGGGGGCGGGGAUCGCCUGCCCCAAACCAGUGCAGCUGGGGCCGGUGGGGGCGGGGCAGACGCUCCGGCUCAGCCAAUCGGUGAAGCCCCUGCGGGCCGGACGGCGCCUCCUGGUGGCCACCCUGGAGAGCUCCGGCCUGGGGCCCCUCCACGGGACCCUCCAGUUCGACGCCGCCCCCGCCCCAACUGGGA